AUGUUGUCUCGCGCAGUGGCCGCCAGGGCACUCGACAAUCUUCACGAAGCAUUCCAGGACCAAAACCCAGGCUCUCUUUUCGCCGCUGUUCGGCUAGCCAAGACUGAAGCCUACGCUUGCCACCUCGUUCGCGCUGGCUUCGACUUUGAUGAAUUCAAGAUCGACCGCUUAGUAUCUGACCAACUUCAACGAGAGCUGAAAGAGUCUUUGGUCCGCGAUGCCCAACCAGCCAUCGAUGGGAUUGGCAACUGCCCCCUCUACACGAAGCUCCCGACCGAAGUUCGCCAACAUAUCUUUCGCUACCUGGUCGAAGCCCCGGAAUCAAUCCAUUUGCACCCCGUCAAAGGCAACGUGAAACUAGGUUUCCGCCUUUCUCGCUGCGGUGACGCUAUGCUUAACAUGGACAGUGGCCAUUGCAACUGCGAACGUGGCUUCAGCUUUCGCGUACAAGCUGCCGACAACCCUCCCCCGUUCCUGCAGACCGAGCUACUGCUGCUCUCACGCAUGAUUCGAAGGGAAGCCCUCGACCUCAUCUUCACCAAGAACCGUUUCACCUUCACAUCACUGCGCGACCUGAACUACUUCGCAGAGUCAUUCUCCAAGAGCGCAGCGAAGCUACAGCAUAUCCAAAUCCUAGAGCGAUGCUCAGAUGGUUGCCAUUCUCCGUGGAUGAACAGGAGCAUCAUUGAGACAAGGAAGAAGCUGGGCCAUCUGCAAAGCCUGGAGCUACUUCUGUACCUUGACCAGUUUACUGUCUACGAGUCCCCUUACCCCGACGGCUAUCUCAUCCCUCUCCUACCCCUCUAUUUCAACGGACCUACUACUCUCCCCACUGGCCCUCCUACCCUCGCGACGCCCGCAGAGACAGGUCCUUCCACUACACAGCUGCUCUCAGCCAAACCCGCAGACCAACCCAUUCCACCCGCAUCUGUCUCCAUCACAGUCCGCACAACACGCUUGUGGAACGAGCCCUCGACCCUCCCGCUGAUCGCUAGCUACGUGGAAGACAAGCUGAAGGACAUCUUUGCGGGCAAGUGGCGCACACAAGAGGAUGUGCCCAUCGCGGAGCCGCCGAAGCGUAAGUUGCCCGAGAGCGAGCGAGCACCGGAGAAUCGGAGGGGGCUUUUGGUGCUCGGCGAUUAG